GACAAGGAAGAUCUUGAAGCCCUGAUAGCAGAAUUCCAGAGUUUAGAUGCUAAAAAGACCCAAGUAAUUGAGUCAUCCUGCCCGCCCCCCUCACCCAGGCUGAACGGCUCCCUCUCUGCUCACCCUGAGAAAGACGAAUUGAUCCUUUUUGGAGGUGAAUAUUUCAAUGGCCAAAAAACGUACCUGUAUAAUGACCUGUAUGUUUACAACAUCCGGAAGAACAGCUGGUCUAAAGUAGAGAUCCCCAACCCGCCACCGAGGCGAUGUGCUCACCAGGCAGCAGUGGUGCCCACAGCCGGCGGGCAGCUGUGGGUGUUUGGCGGGGAGUUUGCAUCUCCCAACGGGGAACAGUUUUAUCAUUACAAGGAUCUCUGGGUCCUGCAUUUGGCUACCAAGACCUGGGAGCAGAUCAAGGCAUCAGGAGGUCCCUCUGGACGAAGUGGGCAUCGAAUGGUUGCUUGCAAAAGACAGCUGAUUGUCUUUGGAGGUUUCCAUGAGAGCGUGAGAGAUUACAUCUAUUACAACGAUGUGUAUGCCUUCAACCUGGACUCCUUCACCUGGAGCAAGCUGUCUCCGUCGGGGAUUGGGCCUGCUCCAAGAUCUGGGUGUCUAAUGGCUACCACUCCUGAGGGCAGCAUAGUCAUCUAUGGAGGCUAUUCCAAACAGAGAAUUAAGAAAGAUGUUGACAAAGGCACCCUUCUGCUGAAAACCGAAGGUGCAGGCAAGGAGGAAGACAAGUGGGCAUGGAGUCGGCUCAACCCAUCUGGAGUGAAACCCACUCCUAGGUCUGGCUUCUCCGUGGCAAUUGGUCCCAAUAACCGUUCCCUUCUGUUUGGAGGCGUGCAUGAUGAAGAAGAGGAAGAGAGCAUUGAGGGGGACUUCUUCAAUGAUAUGUAUUUCUACGACAUCGGGAAGAACCGCUGGUUUCCUGGACAGCUAAAGGGACCAAAAUCAGAGAAGAGGAAGCGAAGACGUGGCAGACAAACUGAGGCAGAGAGCGCUGGAGAUGAGGAGGUGGAGAAGCAACCUCCACAAGGCCCCAUGGAGAUAGUCAAAGAGGUGGUGGCAGAAGAUGGGACUGUCAUGACAAUCAAGCAGGUGAUCUCUGGACCUGCAGAAGAGGAGAGGCCUGAAUCAGAGGAGGAAGAGGAAGAUGGAGCCUUGGGCCAGCAAGUGGAGCCAUGCGCACGUUCGAAUGCCAUGCUGGCAGUGAAGCAUGGGGUUCUCUAUGUGUACGGGGGAAUGUUUGAGGUGGGCGAUCGCCAGUUCACCCUCAGUGACCUCUACAGCGUUGACCUACAUAAGAUGGAAGAAUGGAAAGUGCUAGUGGAGAUGGAUCCAGAAGCACAAGAAUGGCUGGAGGAGUCAGAGUCGGAUGAAGAGGAUGAUGAUAUAGAAGGUGCAGAGGGAGGGGAAGAGGAAGAGGAGAGCUCAGAAGAGGACAGCGAAGAUGAGGGAGGAGAGGAGCAGCACCCAUGUGUUCAGCCCGAUGAAAAGCCUGCAGACUAUCUGUCCAGGACGGAGCAGUACUGGAUUAAACUAGCCCGCAGCAACAUGGGCCCGGACGCCAAGGAGAAGAAGGUGGUGAAAGUGGCACAUGCCAUGGCAAGGACUUUCUAUGAAGAUUCAGUCUAGAUGUUGUUGAGGCUGUUCCAUGAGUGAAAAAACAUGAUGGGAGCAGUGAUUAGCUCCGCUAAACUCAGCCUAAUGUGCCAGGCAGUCAGCAUGUCCAGAAGACAUUCUGGCACUCCAGCGUUUCCCUGCUCCGAGUGCCUCUGGGCUGACCAGUCUCCUGCCUACUUGAUGAAUGCCCUGCGUAUGCUGUUAUUCCCCUGGAGGCUGCGAGAGGGUCUUGAGGAACAGGAUUGCUGGCCAAGCACUUGUUCUGCUGAGGCUGGCAUGUGUAAUACUGUCAUAUUUUUGUUCAAAAGUUGUUUUGAGUCUGUCAAGACAAACCGCACAUCACAAUGGUUCGCUGGUCCCAAAUUCCCUACCCUGACUGGGGCCAGAACAUGUCUCCAAGGGUUUCUACAAUAAACUUAUUUGGU